GAAGUGUUUUCCGCGAUUCAAUUGAGCGAGUAUUCUCAUUUCCUGAAACCGCAAUAUCUAUCUUUCUCUUCGUUGUUCUGAAUCAAGGAAUAUGUCGUGCUGCGGAGGAAACUGCGGUUGUGGUGCUGCCUGCAAGUGCGGCAACGGCUGUGGAGGGUGCAAGAUGUACCCAGAUAUGAGCUACACGGAGGCCUCUGGCGCCGCUCAGACCGUCAUCCUUGGCGUUGCUCCUCAGAAGACACACUUUGAGGAAUCAGAAACUGUUGGAGGCGCUGUGGAGAAUGGGUGCAAGUGUGGACCUAACUGCUCCUGCAAUCCGUGCACCUGCAAGUGAAUUGCCCUGCCUCCUGCCUAACUGUUUGUGUAUCAAGCAGUGAUGGAAGAAAACAGGUUGGAUCGUGUCAUUUAGUGUUAUGUUGUAGUGAGUCGGAUGUUAGUAGUGAUCGAUGCAGUGGUUUGUAAUAAAUUUUGAUCUAUGUAUGGCCUCGAACUGGCGUUCGGUUUCGGUGUGUUCUGUUGUUCACUUGUAAUGUGAUUAGUGUGUGAUAUAUAUAUAUAUAUAUAUACUUGACUGUUUGUUGACAUGAUCUGAUGAUCUAUUGCUUUGCUGCUUGGGAUUAUAUAUGUUGUUAUAAAUUAAGGAUGUUAUUUUUGCA